AUGCUCGUCUCGCGCGGCGUACACCGUCUUUCGCGUAGGGCGCUGAACAGUGCGAAGAGGACCAACGCGUUUUUCUCUUCCACUGCAGCCGUUCCUAUCGUUGCUCGUGCUGCUGCCGCACCGAGCACCUCCCAACGCGCACAGGCUCGCGUUCCCCGCGCUCCUGCACAGUCCGCUCGCUCGUAUGCUACGGAGGCGAAGGGCGUUACCGGACAUGUGAAGACCGUUAUCGGUGCCGUCGUUGACGUGCAGUUCGACACGGAAAAUCUCCCUCGCAUUCUCAAUGCACUUGAGGUCGUUGAUUUUCAUGGAGGUCGCCUUGUGCUCGAAGUCGCUGCUCACCUUGGUGAGAACUCCGUCCGUACCAUUGCCAUGGACGGCACGGAGGGUCUCGUUCGCGGCCAGAAGGUCGUUGACACCGGUGCGCCCAUCAAGAUUCCCGUCGGCGACGCGACUCUUGGUCGUAUUAUGAACGUCAUUGGUGAGCCCAUUGACGAACGUGGCCCCAUUAACGGUGUCAAGUUGUCCCCGAUCCACGCCGAACCUCCUCCAUUCGUCGACCAGUCUACGACUGCUGAGGUCCUGGUGACCGGUAUCAAGGUCGUCGAUCUGCUCGCUCCCUACGCCCGUGGUGGAAAGAUUGGUCUGUUCGGUGGUGCCGGUGUCGGCAAGACUGUGUUGAUUCAGGAGCUGAUCAACAACGUCGCGAAGGCGCAUGGUGGUUUCUCCAUCUUCUGCGGUGUCGGCGAACGUACUCGUGAAGGUAACGACUUGUACCACGAAAUGAUCGAGACCGGUGUCAUCAACCUCGAGGGUACAUCAAAGGUCGCGUUGGUGUUCGGUCAGAUGAACGAGCCCCCUGGCGCUCGUGCCCGUGUCGCGCUUACCGGCCUGACCAUUGCGGAGUACUUCCGUGAUGAGGAGGGUCAGGAUGUGCUUCUGUUCAUCGACAACAUCUUCCGCUUCACCCAGGCUGGUUCGGAGGUGUCUGCUUUACUCGGUCGUAUCCCGUCCGCUGUCGGUUACCAGCCUACGCUGUCGACCGAUAUGGGUUCCAUGCAAGAGCGUAUCACUACUACGAAGAAGGGUUCUAUCACGUCUGUGCAGGCUGUCUAUGUGCCCGCCGAUGACUUGACGGAUCCUGCUCCGGCCACGACCUUCGCUCAUUUGGACGCCACGACUGUGUUGUCGCGUCAGAUUGCCGAGCUGGGUAUCUACCCCGCUGUCGACCCUCUCGACUCCAAAUCGCGUAUGCUUGACCCUCGAAUCGUCGGCCAGGAGCACUACGAUAUCGCAACUGCUGUCCAGAAGAUCCUGCAGGACUACAAGUCUCUUCAGGAUAUCAUUGCUAUCCUCGGUAUGGACGAGUUGUCGGAAGAGGACAAGCUGACUGUCGAGCGUGCGCGUAAGAUCCAGCGUUUCAUGUCUCAGCCCUUCCAGGUUGCACAGGUCUUCACUGGUUUCGAGGGCAAGCUCGUCUCGCUCAAGGACACCAUCCGUUCCUUCAAAGAGAUUCUCUCUGGCGCGCACGACAACCUCCCCGAGUCUGCGUUCUACAUGGUUGGCACUAUUGAGGAUGUGAAGGUUAAGGCCGAGCAGCUCGCGAAGGAGAUGGGUGAGUCGUCAUAGACGGGCCAAGAUGACGAGGAGGAUUUGCUUUGGAUGUUGGAUGCCGUGGUCGGAACCAUCGUUUCGAACAGCCAGACCAAUAAAAUUUUUCUUUGACAACUAUAUCUCCUGCGCGC